ACACAUCCACACACAUCCAUCUUGUUUGCAUACUGAAAAACAGGAAGUGUGUGUAUUCAAGAGAAAUGAAACUUCUCUGCCUCAUGAGUGACUCAACACUGUUUUAGUUUGGUGCAGAGCUGUUAAUGAAAGAAUAUUCUGCAUAAUUUUUCUGCCAAAGAAGCCAUCUUUAUUAGGGGAUCAGACUAAAGAAGAGAAACUGUUUAAUCUUUGAGCUGACUGUAUAGAAAUGGCAGAAUCUUCAGGAAGUGAAUAUCAGGAGCAGUUCAGCUGUCCCAUCUGUUUGGAUCCACUGAAGGAGCCGGUGACGAUUCCAUGUGGACACAGUUACUGCAUGAACUGCAUUAAUGACUGUUGGGGCCAAAAGGACCAGAGGCCACCGUACCGCUGUCCCCAAUGCAGAGAGACCUUCACUCAAAGACCUGUACUGAAAAAGAACACUGUUUUAGCUGAGAUGAUGGAGAAGCUGCAGAAGACACAUCUACAAAAUGCUGAUGUGCUGUGUGAUUUUUGCAUUACAGAGAAGAACAGUGCCGUAAAGUCCUGUCUGCAGUGUUUGGCCUCCUACUGUGAAAUUCAUCUUCAGCCUCACUAUCAGUCUCCUGCAUUUAUGAAGCACAAACUAAUCAAAGCCACCACACACAUUCAAGAGAACAUUCAAGACAACGAUUGUCUUCGUCAUGGAAAACCUCUGGAUAUUUACUGUCAGGAUGAUAGUCAGUGCAUUUGUUACUUGUGCAUGAUUGACAUUCAUAAAGGCCACAAUGUGGUAUCUGUGGAAUCAAAAUUGACUGAUAAAAAGAAAGAGUUAAGGGAGACACAGGUGAAAUGCCAGGAAAUGAUCCAGGAGCGAGAGAGAGGACAACAGGAACUCAUUGAUGCUGUGACGUCUUUUAAAAUCUCAGCACAAGAGGCGUUGGAGGACAGUGAGAAGGUCUUCUCUGAGCUCAUCUGCUCUCUUGAGGAAAGAUAUUCUGAGAUGAAAGAUCUAAUCAGAUCUCAGGAGAAAGCUGAGAUAGAUCGAGCAGAGAACCUUAACAAACAGCUGGACCAGGAGCUGACAGAACUCAGACAAAGAGAUGAGGAGAUACAGAAACUUUUAAUGACAGAUAAUCAGGUCCAUAUUCUGGAGAGUUCUGUGUGUGUUUUACCAACAUUUGAAGACAUACCCAAUAUCAUCAAAUAUCCUCAUCUGUCUUUUAAAGACAUUUCGAUCCCACCAUUCAAAGAGGUUUUGGAAAAGAUCUGGCAACAGGAAAGAACCAAAAUAUCACGAGAAGUGUCAAAUGUCCAUGUUGCAGAACCUCCAGAACCAAAGACUCCAUAUGAAUUUUUGAAGUAUUUCUGUUACCUGCAACUGGAUCCAAACACUGCAAACAAAACCCUCAUCCUGUCAGAAGUGAACAGAAAAGUGAUAAAUCAUAGUGUAGCGCAGCAAUAUCCUGAUCACCUAGAGCGAUUUGAUUGGUAUUGCAAUGUCCUGUGUAAAGAGAGUUUGUGUGGUCGUUGUUACUGGGAAGUUGAGUGCAGUGGAAAUGACUGCGCUAUAGCAGUCUCAUACAAAGGAAUUGGACGUAAAGGAAAAAGUGAAGACUGUAGACUUGGGUCUAAUAAUAAGUCCUGGAGGUUGAGCCGCAAUAAUCAGAAAUUCAGCUUCAUACAUGACAGAAAGCAGGUCAAUCUUCCUGCUGUCUGCUCCUCUAGAAUAGGGGUGUAUCUGGAUCACAGAGCAGGAACUCUGUCCUUCUACAGUGUCUCUGAUACAAUGACCCUCAUCCACAGAGUCCAGACCACUUUUACUGAACCCCUCUAUCCUGCAUUUGCAAUUGGAGUUGGAUCAUCUGUCACAAUAAAAGAGCAGAGGAGAGUGCAGGUAGACUAGAAAUAAUAUUAAAAUGUAUCAGAAAAAACAAUAAGCAUAAAAAUGCAAGGUUUAAAGGGUUAAUAAUUUGUGGUUUGGUAGAACAAAUUUUUCAAUAACAAGAAAUGUAGCCUGUUAUUAAACACAGACACAAUGGAUGUGCACAUCCGAUUAAGUCACAUUUCUGUUUCUUUAAUUAUAAUUGUAUUACAGUUACAGUGAAGUUACACCUAGAUGUGCUCAGUCAUUUUUUACGCAAAAGUCACAUGAUUUUGAUGUUUGUUUGUUUUUUUGUGGGUUUUUUUUCCUUUGGUAUUUUCCAGUUAAUUUCUUUUUUGUUUUAUACAAGCUUUUAAUGUGUUCCCUUUAGAAUGGUCAUAUUACUGCAUCUCAUUUGCUUCACCAUAAUAAAAACAUAAUGUGG